UUUAAAAACUCGACAAUUGUUAGGUGUAAAGUAAAUAUAGAAUAAAAAUUAGCAUGCAAGCUUAUCUCCUAGUCGUUAAAUAGCUUACGUCAAUGUUUUUCGCAGAGUAAAAAUAAAUUUGCAGUACUAGAGACGUUUCCGUACUUACUCUGAAAACAGAGUUAAUAAAUUCCUACUAGUUUUUUGAGAAUUCACCGCCGCCAUUAAUUGUGUGCCCGAGUCGGUUUGUGUGUUGGUUUUAGUGAACUUUAUUCAAAUAUUGUGAAUGGACCAUUAGAUAAGAACAGAUUCUCAAAAUUUCUUGGUACAUGUAAUGAUGCAUUUAAGGAAUUAAACCAGUGCUUGCAAAAGGAGUACGAAGACAAAAGGGAAGCAAACCACGUGAAGGCUCUUCAGAUGCGAGAAAGGAAGUUGGGCAAAGCUAAAGCAUCCCCAGUCUCUUGAACCCACGAGUGAACAUGACCGGGACGCAGCAGUUCAACGGCAAGGUGGUGGAGGUCCCCCCAAUUGAAGAUACGGUGGACAAGGACGCAAUAUACCAGACAGUGACGGAGCGGUACUUUGUCCCCCGCUAUUGUGUGGACCCCAACGGAAGGCAGGGUGAGGACCUGUGUGUCUUGUACCACUCUAACAAGAUCUGCCUGGUGACCCUGGCUCCAUCGCACCCAGUCGUGAGUGAGCAGAAGCGCGUGGUGAAGGUGGACUUCGACGUGUCUGGCAAGUUGAAUCGGCUGGAGAACAAGGCGACAGGGAAGGGUAAGAAAGGGGCCCAGUUCCUGCAGGCGAUGUCGGUACUGUGCGUGGUCGAGUGUGACGACGGGAGCAGGUACAAGGUGUUCAGCUGCCUCACGGGGAAGCUGGUCGAGGUGAACGAGCGGCUGGUCGAACAGCCGCAGCUGGUGGCAGAGAGGCCACAGUCCGAGGGCUUCGUUGCCAUCGUGCUGCCCAACUUCAAGAACUGGGAGCAGCAGCGAAACGGGCUUCUGACCGAGGCACAGUACCAGGAACACUUACGUUCACGACCAAGUAGACUGAAUAAUACCCCAGCACAAGGUGAGAGCAGCGACCAGUGAUUCAAAUGAACUGCAGAGCUCAGUUUCGCUGUUCCAAAAAUGGGUGUGGUAUGAGAUGGUGCUACUAUGUUUGGUAUUAGUAAAUUUAAAAAUUAAAUUUAUUAAAAAUUAAAUUUUAAGUUUUUGAAUAGUGAGGGCUGGCAUUUUAAUCAACGAUUAUAAAUAACUCUUACUCCCAUAGUUUUAUUUAAACUAAUAGUUCUAAUGUUUUGUUUAUUUAUGUAGUGCCUGUAUUGAUGUGGUAUGAUUUUAAUUUAAGAAUUUUCACAUAUGAACAGCAUUUUUAGUUGAUUUGGGGUCCUUUUUUCUGAUUUUAACUUAAAAAAGAUUUCCAUUCCUUCCAAACGAGGGAAAAUUGUAAUAAAUCUAUGGUAUUGCAAAUAAAUUUUAUCUAUUAACAAACUAUUAACUGUGCAAAUAAAACUAUAUGAGCAAGAGUUGUGUAUUAGGGUUUUGGUAAAAUCAGAUUAGCCCUCUGAUCUGGACUUUUUUUUAACACCAUUCAGUUAGUGAGUUCUCAAAGCAGUCUGUAUACUGAUGAUAUUUAUCUGGUUCUAUAGCACAAUGUAAAUAGCAAUUAGAAAUCAACAAUUAAUUGUAAAUAGAGUUGGACUGAGAGUCAAAAAAUUUGAGUCUAGCAAGUAGCUUUAGCUUGACUGCAGUUUUUUAAACUAUAUUGGACAAGUGCAACAACAAACAUAUCACUUGUGACUAAUGUGCAAAUCUUUUACAGCAUUUGCAUCAUUAUUUAUGAUUUCCUUCUCGUAACAGUUGUUUAAAGUAUGGCAAUGUUACGUACGUUUGUAACACAGAAAAUAAACUUUAAGAAAACAUAUUUUAAUGUUUUCCAAGUACUUUUUGCUACUGUGUGUCAGUAGUAUUGAUGUUCGGCACCAGGGUAGCAAAAACCAAAAAAGUGAUAUGUUUUGUAGUUGUAUCCUCAUAUAUUUGAUUAUUCAAAAUUCUAAUAGCUUAAGUUUUGUUUUUUAUUUGAGACUAUAAUGCAAGUUGCAUUUAGUAAUUACAUUUUUAGUAGGCUCACAUAAGUAUUAUGUAAUACAUUCUAAUGUAACAAAACCAACCUUUCACUUUUCUGCUGAAAAGUGAAACAUACUGAAUAUUUGUCUAAGGAACAAUGAUUAACUACAGUAGAACCCCGAUUUAACGAAGUGCUACGGUUACCGAAAAUGUUUACUCUAAAUCGAUGUUUCGUUAAAUCCGAUUUACCGAUUUUCAAUAACCCCCGCACUCAUUAUCGCGUCCCUACGUUUCCAUAUCGUAAACAGGGUCGACGCUGAUAUCUUGUGCUGCCGUGCUAUCUCAGACUUCGUCAACUUUCCAUCUGCAACGUUUUUGAUCUCGCUCGUACGGCCCCCGGUUCGUACGUACACCUCGCUCGUACGUACAGAUUUUCAGAAACCGUGAAAAAUGAGGCAUUAAAUUUAAAAAAAAUGUUAAAAAUAUGAAAAGUGUAAGAAAUACGUUAGUUUAUUAAAAUACAGUCGCAACCUGCAGCGUUUAUAACAAAUACGAGCUACAUACACAUUGCGUCACAGUAAAAAAUGGCCGCAAAUUGAUGGAAAUUUACCGUCAGCGCGUCGUACGCGGAGAAAGGUCAUUGUACUCGAUCAGCUGCUGUUACGGCGCGGCGUAGCCGCCGGCUGACUUCUUUGUUCGCUGAGCUGCGCAGCACUUAUAAAAAACGUAUUCCAAAAACUAAACACCGCGCACAAAGCUCUUACUGAGAAUAUAUAGAGCUGUAGCAAACCGUAUGUAUUCGGUACUGAGUAACGGGUGCGCCAUCUAGUAACGAGUAACGAAACGUUACACACGGCUGCAUCUCGUUACUCACAUUUUUCGUAUGUUUUACGCAUGCGCGCGCGUAUUU